UAUCCUGCUGGCAACCUCCAGCUGUCAGCAGCAAUAUUGUUUGCUGGCGGGAGCCCCAGUGAGUCGCUGCGAGUGCUGAAACAUUUCAACGUAGCAACGCACUCACGCAGGACUUUCUUUAGACACCAGAAGAAGGUUCUGCAUCCAGCUAUCACCAACCAAUGGCAGAAGCAACAGAACCAUCUGCUCACUGAACUGUGUGAACGGGGUCUGCCACUCACCAUUGGGGGCGAUGGAAGAGCGGAUAGCCCAGGACAUUCCGCAAAGUUUGGGGUAUACACUGCUCUGGAAUUGAAUAUCAACAAGAUUGUCCAUUUUCAGCUGGUUCAGAGUAAUGAGGUGAAGGGUUCAUACCAUAUGGAGUUGGAAGGUUUCAAGAGAGUUGUCAACUUUCUUGAUGACAAGGGACUAGUAAUCAGGAAGGUGGUAACGGACCGACAUAGACAACUUGCCAAAUACAUCAGAAUCACACUUCCACACAUUAUUCAUGUGUAUGAUGUCUGGCAUGUAUCCAAAGGUGUUGGAAAGAAGGUGCAUGCCUUGGCAAAGCAAAAGGAUUGUGAAGAACUUGUGCAAUGGGAACCAAGCAUCACCAACCAUAUGUAUUGGGUGGCUGCAACUUGUGAAGAGGAUGAAGACGAUCUAAGGGUGGCCAAGUGGAAGUCUCUUAUGAACCACAUCCAAGGGAUCCAUGAAGGUCAUUCUGAAGUCUUUCCCAAGUGUCUUCAUGGUGACUUGGAAGCUCAAGGUCGCAAGAAAAAAUGGCUCACACCAGGCACAAAAGUCUGUGAAAAACUAACAGGUAUCGUGCAAAGCACCAUGUUGUUGAACGAUGUGAAAAAGCUGUCUGGAGACCAACAGACAUCCUCCCUGGAGUCAUAUCACAGUCUGGUGAACCGGUAUGCGCCUAAGCUGAAGUCUUAUUCGUAUGAAGGAAUGACUAGCAGGCUCAGACUUGCCGCUAUGGACUUCAAUGAAAAUGGAAACCGACAGCAGGCAAAAACGUUGAAAGGGGACAAGCGGUACAUGGUCAGCAAACCAAAGUACAAGCCAGGGAAGGCAUCAGUGAAAGCUGUUAAGGAAGCAAAAACAUUCAAAUUUGUUGAUGAUCUGAUGGAUGAGGUCGGACGAUUGUGCACAGGAUCAUCUCAACUGCCAGAGAGGAAGGAUGCCCCGCCAUCUUUAUGCAGUGAAUAUACCUUUCCUUCCAAGGAGGAACUUGUUCAGGAUCACCGAAGUCGUUUUAAUUAAAAUAAGUGAACUGUAAAUCCUAUCAUGCUAAUAUCGUAUACAGCUUCAUGAUAAAUUGGGACUAAUGAAAGAUUGAACACAUAAGUUCAUUUAAGAGAAAAUUUAGUUACUCUUUUGAACCAGAAACGAUCAAAUUCCUUAUGAUUAAACAUGCCAUUUUUCAUCUGAUGAACUGUAUGUAUACUUUUUUUUAGCAAAUUUGAUAUGAAGACAUACAUCUCUGAUGUACAUGUAGUUGUACAAAUAACAAUGUGAAGGCAAAUCAGAUGACUGAGCAAUUUGGUACCUUUGCUUCAAAAUUAUUAAACAAAAAGAAUCAUAUCUAUUAUGGAUUUAUAUUUGUUUGAGUUUUGUUCAACAGUAAAGUCUUCCACAUAAUUGUGAGUGAUCAGUAACAUAAUUUUAAGGAAAUACUUUUGGAAAAGAUUUGUUCAACAGUAACACAUGCACAAUUCUUUGCAAGGAGUUUUGUCAGAAACAUUAUUCAUUUAUAACGGUGGUCAGUUCUUAUCAUGAGUUGUGGUUCAAAAUCUCUCAUGCUGGCCGGUUACGACCACUAGCUCCAACAACUAUUCCAAAAAAAAGCUUUCAUGGUCUAUACAAUUUCGGAAUAUUAGUUACUGCAAUAAUUGUAUAAAAUGUUAAAGAUUUAAGAGCAUUAUCAGAAUGUUUUCUCUACUGUGUUAUUUGCAUGUAAGAAGUAGAUAUUUCUUUGCAUAAAUGUGAUUGUAUUUAUAAAUGUAGAUGAAGUAGUUGAAGUACAUUUGAUGUGCAUGUCAAAGUAUUUCACGUUUUAGCCAGCUGCAAUUGAUGACUCGGGUAUGUGUCAUGUAGCUCAAAAAAAUCUUGCAUGACCUGAAGCAAUGGCUACUAAAAUCAGAAAACAUUUUUUUUAAAGCAUUUGUACAAGCAACUGUGAAAGAAGUUAUAUAUCAUGUAUUACAUAGAUAUUUCUUUGGAUAAAUGUGAUUGUGUUUAUAAAUGUAGGUGAAGUGGUCAAAAUACAUUUGAAAUGCAUUUCAAAGUGUUCCAUGUUUUAAACAGCUGAAUUUGAUGAUUCAGGUAGCUUCCAAAAUUUUCCCUGAUGUAACAUCUACUAAAAUUUGAUAUCUUUUUUUUUUCAAGCAUUUGUACAUGCAAUUCUGUAAACUACCUCCAUGUUUAUACUUAUCUUAACCCAUUCAGGACAGGAAUUAUUUAACAACUAAAGUGAUCACAUUUUGUUCCUUAAAUGGGCAACAGCAAUAUUUUUUAUUUUAAAGCUAUAUGCUUCUAAUUGAAUGUGAUGUCUUUGAAACCAACAUACAUGGUUUGGAACUUUGAUAUUUUUUAACACCAAUUUCGAUGAAACACACUGGUCUUCAAUUCUUCCAAUGUGUUGCCAAUUUAAGGAGUUUAAAGGUUAUCUUCAUAAAAUUCCUGGCAGUAUGGUCACUCAAAAACGAGUACAAUGUAUGCAUAUUUUUUUUUUCUCUCUCUUACUAAUAUACCUGGUGUAUUUUUUAUAGCUCUGAAACAAAAAUUAUUUACGUUAACCACAUAAGGUUGAUUGUCCUGAACAAGUUAAGCCAUAACAUGUCUAUUGUCCAACUUAUAUUUGUUCAUAUUUAUGUCUCUUGCACUCA